UUGAAAGAAUCAACCGAAGCUCUAUAUUUAUAGGCUUGAAAUAAGACAAUAUUUUUUGGCUGGUUUUCUUACCGAUUAGGAGUGGUGAACUUGAACACGGGCUACCAUUCCGAGUGCCGGUUGAUCCGUUAAUUUGUCGCAUUAGGUGUUUGAUAAGAGCACUCUGAUUAGAAAUACUGAUAGCUAGCUAUAUGAUUCAUCAUGUCAACAAGAACAGUAACAUCAAUGGAGGUGAUAAGAAUUGGAACUAUCAAAAAUUAUUGAAAAGCAAGUGGAUGAAAAGAUUAAAAAGAAAAACAGAUUUAACAGCCCCCGUUUAAUCUGAUGGUGGAAGGAAAACAGUAAUCAUCCUGUCAAUUCACUAUAAAACAUGAGCUAGCACAGCAUAAUUCCAUCUUCAUUUCCAAAAGUAUAAGGUAGGAAAGCAGCAGUAGCAGUUGUAAUAGUAUACGGAGAAGUAAAGAAUAAACACAUUAAAUCAACUCAGCAUCUAAUUCUAACAUUGACUACCAGCAUCAAUUCCUUGUUGGAUUGCAACAAAUUUGGAGUUGGAAACCACUGCUUCUGCUUUCCCUAUACAUGCCCUUGAUGCAUGCGUAGCAUGAACUUCACUGUGGAAACACAUAAAGUGCCUCACUCGUCCCCGUCCAUCUCAAUUAUAUAUAUAUAUGCCUCAUCUCAAAUUCUUGGAGGAUAUAUAUAAGCACUAUACCUAAACGGAAAGGGUACUACUAGGUAGCACCAUUAUCUUAUACGAUAACGAUGGCUGCAGCAACCUCAACUGAGUUGCAACUCCAAAGUUCUGAUCCUGCUAGUAGUCGUCGCGGAGGCUGGUCGACGUUUCCCUUCAUCAUUGGGUCACUGGCAGGGUUGACACUUGCUGUGUCAGGAUGGGGUACGAACUUGGUUGUAUAUUUGAUCGAGAAGUUCCAUGUAGAAAGCAUAGCUGCUACGCAGAUUGUGAACAUCGUUAGCGGUUGCACAAGCCUUCUUCCAGUCAUUGGAGCAAUCAUAGCAGACUCAUUUGGUUGUUUCUCUGUCAUCUGCAUCUCUGCCUUCAUUUCUUUGCUGGGAACAAUUCUUAUAGCUUUAACAUCAAUCUUGAAAACGUUAAGACCUCAACUGUGUGAAAGUGGAUCGUGGUUUUGCUCGUCCCCAUCGAAAAUUCAGUUCGCAGUCUUAUAUUCAGGGGUGGCUUUGGGAUCAAUAGGGCUAGGAGGCACUCGCUUUACCAUAGCAGCACUAGGAGCAAAUCAGUUUGACAGAGUGAAGGAAAAGGAGGUUUUCUUCAAUUGGUUUGUGGUCAUAAUGUAUGCGUCAGCUGUAACAGGUUCCACAGUCAUCGUGUACAUUGAGGACAAUGUGAGUUGGACAUUGGCAUAUGGAAUCUGUGUUGUAGCCAAUGUUAUCAGCAUAUGCAUCUUCUUGCUUGGAAGUCGUUAUUAUCGCCUUGUUAAUCCACGAGGGAGCCCGUUCAUGAGCUUGGCUCGUGUUGUUGUUGCAGCCAUUAGGAAGAGGAAUUUCAAAAUUUCAUCCAAAGCAGAGGAUUACUACCAUGGAGAGGAUACGCCAAAAGAAAUAGUGGCUUCCACGCCUAUAAAAAGCUUCGAGUUCUUGAAUCGAGCAGCGUUGAUAACUGAAGGAGACAUAAGAUCUGAUGGCUCCAUUUCGAAACCGUGGAGGUUGUGCUCACAACAAGAAGUUGAGGACCUGAAAACAUUAAUAAGAAUCUUCCCAAUUCUUUCCAGUGGGAUUUUCUUAUCCACCCCAAUCGCUGUAAUAAGUAGCUUAACGGUCCUCCAAGCUCUAACAGUGGAUCGUCAUUUCGGACCAUACUUCAAAAUCCCAGCAGGAUCAAUGAUUGUCUUUAUACUAACUUCCACAGCCGUAUCCGUCACACUCGUAGAUAGGUUCCUCUAUCCCAUUUGGCAGAAGCUUAUUGGUCAACCUCCAACACCCCUCCAACGAAUAGGACUUGGCCAUGUAAUCAAUGCACUAGGCAUGGCUAUCGCUGCCAUUGUAGAGUCAAAGCGGCUUGAAGUAGCUCGAUCCCGUCAUCAUAUGGACCAACCAGGCUCCACUGUCCCCAUGUUGGUCUUGUGGUUUGUCCCACAAUUGGCUGUGGUUGGAUUUGGAGAAGCAUUUCAUUAUCCAGGACAAGUGACAUUUUAUUACCAAGAGUUUCCAAAGUCUCUCAGGAGCACAGCUACUGCUAUGAUUUCCAUGAUUAUGGGGAUCGCAUACUAUUUAAGUACCGCAAUUAUCGAUCUAAUCCAGAGGGUUACAGGAUGGUUACCAAAUGAUAUAAACAAUGGUAGAAUGGAUAAUGUGUACUGGAUGUUACUUGUGGUGGCCGUGCUCAACUUCUUUUACUAUCUUUUAUGUGCUAGAUUUUAUAAGUACCAGAUACCGUAA